GUGUGUGUGCUGUGUGGCGCUCCGUUAACUCGCCAGACAACCUAUAGCUAGUGGUUCAGUGUGCGCCUGCCUAUUUUUAGAAGUCUGCCUAAUGGGGGGAAACGAAGGGGCCUGAAGAAAACUGCAGAGGAAGGUCACAACUGCGUUGCGAUGAGCUUCCACAACGCCACGAAGUGACGGAAUAAAAGUACAGAAGUACGGCGCUUUGCUUCGACUCGACCUAACUUUGAGUUAAACGCAGUGGCCGCUGGAGAAGUUUCCGUGCAGCACGAUGGCUGCCCAGUGCGACGCUUUAAGCGGAUAUUUGCAGCAGUCGGACCAGGGCUCCAACAGCGAGCGCAGCACCGAUUCUCCUCUGCCGGGCUCAGAGGAGGACCUCAGCGGCCCCCAUCCGCUGCCAGACCCGGAGUGGACUGAGGAGAGGUUUCGGGUGGACCGUAAAAAGCUGGAAGUCAUGUUAUUGGCUGCCUCUGAGGGGAGAGUCAACGGUGGGGAGGAUUUCUUUCAGAAGAUCAUGGAUGAGACUCAAACGCAGAUUGCCUGGCCUUCCAAGCUGAAAAUUGGAGCAAAGUCGAAAAAAGAUCCACACAUCAAAGUGUGUGGGAAGAGGGAGAACGUAAGGGAAGCCAAAGACAGAAUAAUGUCCGUCCUCGAUACAAAGAGUAACAGGGUGACUCUGAAGAUGGACGUUUCCCACACAGAGCAUUCGCAUGUUAUUGGCAAAGGAGGCAACAACAUCAAGAGGGUGAUGGAGGAGACAGGAUGUCACAUCCAUUUCCCAGACUCUAACAGGAACAACCAGGCAGAGAAAAGCAACCAGGUGUCCAUCGCAGGGCAGCCAGGAGGGGUGGAGGCGGCUCGAGUAAAAAUAAGGGAGCUGCUACCUCUUGUUCUGUCUUUCGAGCUCCCUGCCAUCAUGCAGUCUGACCCCAGCUCCCCCACUGUGCAACACAUCUCACAGACCUACAACCUAACAGUCUCCUUCAAGCCCCCGACACGCCUUUAUAGAGCCACAGGUGUUGUUCGCGGCUCACAGAAUAACGCCAAUGCCGUCAAGAGAGGUACAGCUUUGUUAUUGGAGCACCUGGCCGGUAGCUUGGCCAGUACUAUCUCAGUGACCACCCACCUGGACAUCGCACCACAGCACCACCUCUUCAUGAAGGGCCGCAACGGCAGCAACAUCAAGCACAUCACCCAGAGGACGGGCGCCCAGAUCCACUUCCCUGAUCCCAACAGCCCCCAGAAGAAAUCCACAGUCUACAUUCAGGGCACCAUUGAAUCUGUGUGCUUGGCACGACAGUACCUCAUGGGCUGUUUGCCUCUGGUAUUAAUGUUUGACAUUAAAGAGGACAUUGAGGUGGAGCACCAGUGUAUCACAGGACUAAUGGAGCAGCUGGAUGUCUUCAUCAGUAUCAAACCAAAGCCAAAACAGCCCAGCAAGUCUGUGAUUGUCAAGAGUGUGGAGAGGAAUGCAGUCAACAUGUAUGAAGCCCGAAAAUUCCUCUUGGGUCUCGAGAGCAAUGGAGUGGUGUCUUCCUCACCCCCUGUGGCAUUGAAUCCUAGCACUAAUGGUCCUUCCCCAUCCCUCAUCUGCCCCGUUGGCCUGGACAUCCUGGCCUCAGCUGGACUGGGGCUGAGUAAUCUGGGUUUCCUGGGUGCGACAGCAUCCCACUCCCUCCCUAAUUCUGCUGCCCCAAACACCGUACUGAACAGCUUAAAUUCCUCCAUGAGUCCUCUCCAGACCCCAAGCCCCAGCAACCCCACUCCUUCCCCCUCCCUCUGGCCCAGUUCACUCACCGGCACCCAAGGCUUCUCAUCUCAGCUGAUGCUGCACCCUGCCACUCAGGCCACCCUGAGCAGCAUCUUGCUGUCAGGUGUGUCAGGUUACACACCAAGCACACCAUCUCCACCACCUGGCCUCGCCCCCAUAGACAAGCAACCCAACGGGGUCCCUGACUGUACCCUUAAUGGACAUGUCAAGCACUCUGGCUCAGUCUAUGCGAGGAUAACAACAGCAUCGAUUGCGGAAAAUGUCUUGAGUCCAGCUCCAUGUGACUCGGUCCAGGAGGCCAGUGGCCACAGUCCAUCAGAACCGCUGUCAAGCAAGUCCAGCCCAGAUGAAGGCUCUGAUACAUUUGUAGAAGUGGGCAUGCCCAGAAGCCCCUCGCACUCCGCUAAUGGAAGUGAGCUGAAACAGAUGCUCGCUUCAUGUAAGACAUCAUCAGGAAAACGACAGGCUGUGGAGCUCCUGCAGGGCACCAAGAACUCCCAUCUACAUUCUGACUGUCUCCUCUCGGACACGGAGUCCAGCUCAUCAGACAGUCCUGUGGCAGAUAAGAGGGCACCAGGUAGCGAGCGGGCAGCUGAAAGGGCAGCACAGCAGAACGAGAGGGAAAGAAUCCGAUUGGCACCACAGACCUCCUUUGCCAACAUGCAGGCUUUUGACUAUGAACAGAAAAAACUACUGGCAACCAAAGCUAUGUUAAAGAAGCCGGUAGUGACUGAGGUGCGCACCCCUACCAACACCUGGAGUGGUCUGGGCUUCUCAAAGUCCAUGCCAGCAGAGACCAUCAAGGAGCUAAGGAGAGCCAAUCAUGUCUCAUACAAACCCAGCAUGAGCACCACAUAUGAGGGUUCCCCACUACCCUUGUCUCGAUCCAGCAGCCGGGAGGGUGUGGGGAACGGCAGCGACUCCGACAACUGGCGUGAGAGAAACGGCACGAGCAACGGGCUAGCGAGCCACACGGAGUUCCCCUCAGCUGUCAGCAGCCCGAAGAGGAAGCAGAACAAAUCUGCUGCAGAGCAUUACCUCAGCAGCAGCAACUACAUGGACUCUAUUUCAUCAGUAACUGGUAGCAACGGCUGCAGCCUGAAUUCGUCUCUGAAAGGUUCAGACCUGCCUGAGCUUUUCAGCAAACUGGGCUUGGGGAAGUACACGGAUGUCUUCCAGCAGCAAGAGAUUGACCUCCAGACAUUCCUGACCCUCACAGACCAGGACCUUAAGGAACUUGGAAUCACCACCUUUGGUGCCCGUAGGAAAAUGCUGCUCGCUAUCUCAGAACUAAACAAGAACCGGAGGAAGCUAUUUGAGCCACCCAUCAGGUCCUCUUUCCUGGAAGGGGGGGCAAGCGGCCGCCUCUCCCGCCAGUUUCAUGCUGAGAUGGCCAGUGUCAGUGGGCGAUGGUAGGUGCUGCCGGACCUCCAGCCAUCGCAGAACCAUUCAAAAAGGAGACCAGCCUCCAGCAUCUUUCAGUGGCCUCUAGGUUUCAGUGGUUGUUUACCCUUUUUCAGCUUCAGCUGAAUUAAGACUGUUCACAAUGUUGCAUUGCCAUAUAGUAUAUAUAGAUUUUCUUUUAAGCCAUAGUUUUACCUGAAGUGCCAACAACAUAAAAGGGAUUUCUCAGAUACACGUGGUUCAGUGUUAACGCCUUAUAGAUCCACUAGUGUCUUUGGAGCAUUUAUAUAUGAAGGGUGUGGUUUGGGUUCUGAAGAAGGUUAUUGUCCAGUAUUUCUGUCCACUUUUCUGUUCAAGGGAACAGGCAGAAUGAUUAGUACAAUCAUUUUACACAUUGGUACUACCUGCAUUUUUAUUAUGCUAUUGUAUCAGUGACAUGCACUUUAAUAAUACUAGAUUUUUUGCCUGUGAGAGCCUUAUUCCUUAGAUUGAAAUAAUAACUAUGCAUUUUUUUUAUUGACUUAAAAGCACAGGUGCAUUCUACCAAGCCAAAAGUAAGCACUUAGCCAGUGGGAUUAGCACACCACCAAAUGAAGUGAAUAUAGGUCAGCACACCUAAGCAGUGACCUGAUUAACUUUUAACACACAAACCAAAGGAAAUAUGAUUGUGGCCUUUGACCUUUGGCUCCUUCAGUGUUUCAAUUGGUGGACAUUCCUCCCAGAUCAGUGUUUCUGUUGAACAGCAAUUUCUUUCUAUUUCUAGACAAAAAAAAAAAAUGUAUUCAUUUUGCAUUAUGAUUUAAUUUUUUAGUUUUUAUUAUGAUUUUAGGCAAAUGAGUGGAAUGUUUAUUGGUAAUCAGUUUACAUAUGUAUUUUUUUUUUAUAUGUUUUCAUGAAUGAUUUUGUUUUUUGUAGUUAGUUUGCGUUUAUCUUUUUUGGUUUUUUUCCCCUUGUUCUUCUUUCAUGCCCCUUAGUCUCUGGAGCCAUAGCAUGGCUGUGCCAUUAGACAGCAGCAGAGAUGUGCGACAUUUAGUCAGAGCUUUAUAGGCUUCUCUUUGAUUGCAUCAACAGGCAACUUUCUGUGGUUUUUCUUCUGUUUAUAGUGCUUGGUGUUUUGUCUUCUCUUUUGUCAGUCAUUACAUGGCCUCUCUGUGGCCCCUUUCAUGUGCAUUAAAUCUCCCAUUCUGACAUGCUAUGCCAGAACUAUACGCCUUUUUUUUUUUUUUUUUGGGCUUUUUGUCUUCCUAUUGACUUUCAAUUUCAGUUAGCGUAAAGACAGACCUUGUAGCAGAAUAGUGGAAUGUGCCAAUAUCCAUAACUCGUUUUCCAGCAGGGAGAUAUUUCGUUAAGAACACUAAUAUUUUGGUCUGACCUUACUUUCCAGAUAGGAGGUGCAUCGCACAAAGAACCAGUAUAUUCACAGCCAGCAUGGUCUCAUAUGAACAUUUCUGCGAGACACAAAUGGGGAACUAAAGUUACCAGAAGGACUCAGAGAUUUGAGAUGGAAACUAUCAGUCAUGCAAUCUAAAAUCCCCCAAAACUGGUUAAGCGGUGUUUAAUAAAGUAACAGAAUAACGUAUGCAGCGGCAGUGUUUAUCAUCAGAGCUUGUGUUUGCUCUGUAGCCCUGGAUUGUGCUCAGUCAUGUGUUUCAAAAAGGAAAACAUCCUUUUUCAGCAGUUCAUUAACUUUGGAUAACUCAAAUGUUUUUUUUGUGUGUGAUGUUCUUAAAAUAUAUCUGAGCAUUUAAACUACAAGUCAGUCCAUCUUCCAAUAGCGUUAGCAUUUUUUCAAGCACACUCAAGAGCUUCUUUGUAAAGUCUUUUUUUUUUUUUUUGUUUCUUUGAAAUACAGUAAGCAUAAAAGCUAAGACUAAGGAAUAAGGUAUGUAAAAACUUUGAGAAAUUAUCACUGCGAGUGCAAAUUUAAGUAUGACAAAGUAGCAGCAGUCCUCGUAUCAUUUCAGAGAAGUAGAUCAUUCGUUGCCUCUUUUUAAAUUUACAGUGAUUUAUCACCUUCAGUUUUAACCACUUUCCCAUUCUAUCUUGACUUGAGCCAUUUUCAAUGUGCUUGUCAAGUUAGUAAUACGACUCUGAUAUUCUGACAUGGUUGCUGAUGCGAACCAGGUAACUUUGUUUUGGUUUUGUUUUUUUGCUUUUUUCUUUUCUUUUUUUUUUUUUCCCCCUUUUCUUUUCUUUUGGUUUGGGUUUUGUUGUUGUUGUUUUUGAAGUCUUAAAGAAGAUGAAGAAGAGGGCUGUUGCUAAUGUAGAAAGGGAUUUUUUUAUUCUAAGAGGAAACCCGGGGCUGGUUUUGCCCCCACAUGGUACUACAGUUAAAUAAAUAAAAAAUAAUAAUAAUGUUGAGCACUGAUUCUCCCAGUGCCGUGACUCAUGUUCCUGCCUAGCAGACAUUUGUUUUCAUCCUUCACCUUGUUUGGAUGCGUUUGCUCGGAGGGCAAUAGAGGUUCUUGUCUCAUCAAGUGAAUGUUUCAAAAAAAUAUAUAUAUAUUGCCUUGAUGAUGCAUGUUAUUGCAGCUUGAUCACAGAUCGGUAAAGGGACUCACCAAGUCAAAAGGUUUACUGCUAGCUUGCCUAGUCUUUGCCCUUGAUUGAAUAGUUUCACAAUUGUCUUUGAUUUGUUGUAUUAGUCAUAUUAAUGUUCCCAAAGGGAUUUAUUUGAAGGAAUCUUUGUAUUGCAAUCAAAUGGUACAUUUAUAAUAAAUGUAAACCACUAAGGAAAUGAUGUAUAACAUAACUUUUGUACAACUUUUCAUUUUUACAACCAUUGGUUUUUGGGGUUUUUUGUGUGAGAAAUGUACAAUUCUGCACAAAAUUCCAGAUAAGAUUUUGUGUAUAAACAUUGCCAUGUGGUCAACGCUCUGUUCACUGUGGCAUCUGUUGAUGCUGUUGUUAUUCUAACUGUAUUGUAGUACAGAUAUAAACUUUUCAGAGAAACUGUCAAGCAGGCAAAAAUGUUUGUUCAAACAUUCAAAAUGAUAUUAUGACGGUAUUAAAUGUAU